AUGAUUAUCGUCUGCCAGAUUCUCUACGCAAUUGGCCUCGCGCUUGUCAAAACAUCAAUGAUGAUUCUCUAUCACAAGCUCUUUGGCACCAAAGCCAGCAUGCGGAUUGCCAUUUAUGUCACCGGUACUAUCGUGUGGGCGUGGGGACUGAGUAUCAUCCUCGAAUCCUUUCUUAUUUGUCACCCCGUCGCCUUUAAUUGGAACCCGACGCUACCUAAAGGCGGAUGUGGAAAUCGUAAUGCAGCCUUUGUGGUAGCCGGAGUACUCAACAUGGUGACCGAUCUCAUGGUCAUGUUACUUCCAAUCCCAUAUAUUUGGAAGCUCCAGCUACCCGUGGGCCGGAAGAUUGGUUUAUCGGUAGCAUUUUCCAUAGGACUGUUUGUCAGCGCAAUCAGUAUGGUCCGCGUUGACAGUCUCAUGCGCAUCGAUUUCAACGAUCUCACAUAUACCCUUCCCAUUCCGUUAAUGUGGAGUAUCAUCGAACAGCAACUCGCCCUCGUCGCGGCCAACCUGCCUCUUCUCCGUAGCGUGUUCUCCGCCGUGCUUCCUGGUAGUUGGCUGGGCUCAUCAGCUCGCAGGACUGGGACACCAUCGGGGGAGCCCAGUGCGAAGAAGCGCUCGGCGCAGGAAUAUUCUCUCACGCGCAUGGAUGCUGGUACUAAUCGAAGUGAGGUCACGGCAGACAGCCACAAACAUGCGAAUCACAAUUCCCAGACGAGGUGGAGUGACGAUGAUGAGCAAUCGGAUACAGAGUUGGCUGCGAAUGCGAUGCCACCUGAUGGGAUCCAGAUAUGGAAGGCUUUUCGAGUUGACUCGACCAGAGAGAAUGUUAUUUGA